AUGUCUAAAGUUGUUAGCAAGUAUAGUGUUUUCUCUUCUACAAUUUCCCAUCAUCAUAAUGAUCGUAACAAAAGUAGAAAUUUUCCCAUGAAAUUUUCAGUUUCUGUUGGAAAACGAGGAAAAUUAGUUGAGUUGGUUUUAAUUGAAAAGAUUCCUCCCAAUUGUUUUCCAUCCUUUAUAGAUUAUGUUACUGUUGUGAAACUGGAUUUUACUUUGUUUGGCGGCGGGUUUUCUUAUACAUUGGGUCUUAGCAUUGGCAAAUCACAGGAGAAAGAACUUCAACCAAAUAUGAAAGAAAUAACUUCUGCAGAAGACCUAGUGGAUUCGUUACUAAAAGCAGGAGAUCAGUUGGUAGUUGUUGAUGUGAAGGCUGCAAGGCUCUUCAUCCUAAGGUUUUUAGGUUGUAUUGGGGACCUUGAUGUUGGCUAG